UGGCAUUUUUCCGUUGCUUUGGUAUAGUGCACAAUUUUUGGCCGGAGACGGAUAAUCAGCCCCCCACCGCCACCGUACGACUGGAUUUAUCAACCCAUCUCCGAGCAGCAAAUAUGAUUUUUCAUCAAUAUGGCUUCACUAAUGGUGUAAUUUUGGUUUGUUAUCGAUCAUCUAGCUAUGUAUUACUCAUUUGAUAUGAUUCUAGCUGCUUUGCAGAAGCAGAGUUUCAUUAUGUUCCAUUGCUUUCCGAGUUUGGUCCUGACUCUCGAAAUUCGAACGGUGCCACAAAAUUAAAAAGAGUUCAUGGCAGACAUAGGGCACACGUUUGAUGAUGAUGAUCUCAAGCAACCUUAUUACAACAUGUUUUCUCUGAUGGGGACUGGGUUCUUUGGUUCUGUUGGUUGCAUUAUAAACUUCGGUUAAAUCUUUGCCGCAGAUUCAAACCUUGCUUACCAAUGGAAGUUGAGACACAUAUGUCUUUCAGAACUGCUGAAAAAAUCAGCAUUUUGGUGGUGGAUGAUGAUGCCACGUAUCUUCCGGUUGUUGCUGGGCUACUCAAGAAAUGCAACUACCAAGUUGUGACUGUCAAAUAUCCAGUAGAUGCUUUGUCUAAACUUAAGAUCAAAGGCGACUCUUUUGAUCUCGUUGUCACUGAUGUGCACAAGUCUGAUAUGAAUGGCUUUGAACUUCAACAAGUGAUAGCCCAAGCAUUUGAAAUACCUGUUUUAUUGAUGUCAGCUGACGACAAGGAAGGUACAAUCUUGAAAGGACUAAAGGGUGUAUCAGUCGACAAUCAAAGAGAUCAAGGGCUGUGCACAGCGUUGAAGGUGAAGAGAGGUAAAAAACCUGUCCCUGGGAAAUCUGCAAUGAAACUGGGGAAACAGGGCAAAGAUAACAGUGUCAAUUUUGUUCUACCAACAAAGUCUCAGAUUAUGUGGACAGAGUCACUUCACAACACAUUCCUGGAAGCCAUUAGAAACAUUGGGUUUGACAAAGCUGUGCCAAAGAAGAUUCAUGAACACAUGAAAGUCCCUGGAUUAACUAGAGAAAAUGUCGCCAGUCAUUGGCAGAAAUAUCGUAUUUACUUGCGCCGAGUUACUGAUGCAAGCUCUAGUAUCCAAGUUCCUGACAUAAACUUAGCCAGUAGGUCUAAUCAAUCGACCAUUGCAUCUGGAACGCUUGGUGAACAUAGACAAUUUCAUCAAGAGAAUUUUGGAGUGCAGUCUAGUGUCCCCAUCUUAUUGAUUCACACUACAGGUUAUCGGACAGGCAGUCUGCAACAUCUUAAGAAUAAGAAAGAAGUUGAUGUUGUGCUCGAUCCAGUUCGUAACUUUUCUGUCUUUCACAACGUUAGUGCUACGCAAGGAUCACAAGGCAUUGGUGAUCUUAGUGCUUCUUCCAUGAAUCAAGGGAAUGAUCAACCUCAUCAGCAAAACAAUGAAGAUGAGGCACAUGUCAACUUUGAUGGUGGUUUUAAUCAGGAUAUGGAGAAGGAGGACUAUUUGCAAUGAUUUAAUCAAAUACCAUUCAAGGCUAUGCUGACCCAAGGUUGAUGGGGAGUUUGGCCAGACCUACUACUCAGCAACCUAAGGGAGGGUGGUUUUUUUUUUUUUUUGGAUUUGGUGCGUACUUCAAGUUUCCCACAAAGGUAGGGUAAAAGUCUGCAUACAUCUUUACCCUUCCAGACUCCACUUGUGGGAUUGCGCUUGAUAUGUUGCUGUUUUUGUUGUUGGCGUGUUCUUCAAGUCCUUGUGAAGAUGAACAAAACACAUUUAGUUCAAUAUAGCAACAAAACUGUUGGUGCUAGAGACAAAUCAAUGUUUUGCUUGAUGUAUUUCUUUUAUGGUACUUUUGGGAUUAUGAUAUGUUUUAACUUUUAAGAAAUUGAUCCAUUAAUUUUUAAUGAAUCAAUGUAUUACAUUUUG